UUUUAUUAUUGUAAAUUAUCUUUAGAGCUAAAUUUUUUGUUGAUGAAAAUUAGGAUAGUUGAAUUUGGUGUUAAAAAUUAUUAGUAAGUUGAAUUUGUUGCUGUAAGUUUAGUAUUUGAUUCUUAGUAUUGAUGAAAAUUAUCAUAAUUGAAUUUGUUUUUAAUUCAAUAAAAGAAUAGAUGAAUUAAAUUAACUCAAUUAAUUAGAUAAGUAGAUGAUUGAAUAUUUAUUAUUGGUUUGAUUAAUUCAAUGAAUUUUUUUUAUUUCUUGUAACGGGGAUAUAAUGAUGAAUGAGUGAUAAAUUGUUAUUAAUUGAUAAGAUCAAAGGUUAUAUUAGAAUUUGGUGUGUUUUAAAUUUGGAAGAUAUUUUAAAGUUUAUAUUACAUUACAAUUAUGUUUUAGGAUGUUUAUUAAUAAUUUAUUUAUUAUUUAUUAUAAAACGAUUUUUUCGGUUAGACCACGGUUGAAUUGGUUGGACUAGUAAACCAGUAAAUCAGUAAUUAGAGCGGUUCAAUAAUCGAUUCGAUUUUCAGAACCUUGGUUUUAAUUUUGUCAAUUUAAUUCUUAAUUUGACAUUUAUUUAAUAUAAUAAUUGAAUUUUUAAUUUAUUUUUUUAUUACUUUUUUAUUUUAAUUUAUUUUUUAAAAAGUCCUUAAAAUUCUUUGGUGAACUUAUAUUUAGAGUUUUAAAUAUUUUUUUAUUUUCAUUUUUUAUUAACUAAACCUUAAUUUUUUUAGGUUAUUCACAGAAUUUUUUAAUCCGACAAACUAAGGACUAAUUCGUUGCGGAUCUGAGCUCCAUUUAAAAAUUUAUCGGUGGCCUAGAUUUAUUAUAUAUACAAAACAGGAUUCUCAGCACUUGCUUAAAUGAAUUUUUUUUAGUUUUGUUUUGUGUUUAAUAUAAAUAAAUAGUUAAAAAUAUAAACCAAGAGUAAUUUAUUUUUAUAAAAAAUACUUUAAUAAAUUGGUCCAAUAAAUUUAAUAGCCUUUUUUAUCUAUAAUUUAAUUUUUUAAUUAAUAAAUUUUACAAAAAAUUUAUAUCUAACCUUUUUAAUAAAAUGAGCCGAGCCACGAACUCCGACGGUAGCUCGGCGCACUUCCACACCUAGUUUCCAGUGGCUUUGUAUCUGAUAUUCAAAUACAAAGGCACCCCUAACAAUCUUCCUCUCUCCCUCACACUCGCCUCUCGGCAUUGUCUAUCUAGCAAGUAGAAACCCUCACUUCCUCUCUCGCAACCCUCGCCUUUCAACCGUCGCCAGCCGCCUCAGACAAAGUCAGUCACCACUCACCAUCCUCCACUCAAUCCGUCAGUCUUGCCGCUCCCAUAUGUGGUUGUAGCUUCUUACUGCUCUGCCUCAUUUCUCAAGGCUAGAAUAUGUCUAUGUAGCUGUAGCUUCUAUAAAUCGUAUCUAUGUGUAGGUCGUCUUCUGUUAAACGAUACCGUUAAUUAUUUCAGUCUCAGGUAACAUGUCUGAGAAUCCACUGCAGGCUCUCUUUCAUAACUUUGAGCAUGUCUCCAAUUUCGUUCAACGCCAUCUCUCUAAUCUCAUAGGCCUUCAUCCUCAUCCUCAAUCAUCAGGACCCUCACCCUUUGUUAGACCUCCCCUUUUCUCCAUCUCUUCCUCCUCCAAAAUUCCACUGGCAAAAACUAGUAAUCCUGUACAACUACGUGAUUCGGCUCUCGAGGCAAAGCCUGCUUCCCCAGUGUCUAAAGAAGAUCUUGGAAGGGCCACUUGGACUUUUCUUCACACUCUUGCUGCCCAGUAUCCAGAUAAUCCUACAAGACAGCAAAAGAAGGAUGUAAAAGACCUGGUACAGAUCUUAACUCGAUUAUACCCUUGCAAGGAAUGUGCAGAUCAUUUUAAAGAAGUUAUCAGAGCAAAUCCGGUACAGGCCGGGUCACACGCGGAGUUUUCACAGUGGUUAUGUCAUGUGCAUAAUGUUGUUAAUAGAAGCCUGGGUAAACCAGUUUUUCCAUGUGAACGAGUUGAUGCAAGGUGGGGUAAACUGGACUGUGAGCAGAAAGCAUGUGAAGUUAUUGGAAGUACAUCAAUUUUUGGAUAGAUAUAGCGCAGAAUUAUUUAUUAUAGAAAUGAUAGCUACAUUUUACACUAAUGAUGCAUCCGAAGAGGUUCAUAAAGUAAUGGAAUUCAUAAAUGAUGGAUAAAUUCAACGAUGAUUAAUUACUCAAUUGAUUAUAUUACCAAUUUUUUUUACA